AUGCGACAUCUGGAGGGUCCAGCCCUGGGUGACUGGCCACAAGAGUGGGGCUACGCGGCUCUUAUCUCUCGUCGUGGCAGUGACCACCAGGGCGGCGGCGAGUCAUGUGCGGCCAUAGUAGCCGGCUCGUUUGCGUGUGCGCGCGAGACGUCCCCUGUCUCCAGCUGUCCCCCGUCACCGCUGGCCUGGUGUCACACCGCGGGCGACUCGGCCGCAGGCUCGGACAGCGACGGUGACUGCGGCCCGCCUCACGAAGGCAGCCCGCGACUACCGAGCCUCGUGGGCGGCGACGAAGUCCGCCUGCUAGGGCGUCCCGAGUGCGCGGACAAACGCAGCGGCCAUUCGUCCCACCAAGGACACGGCCAGAGUCUGUCCACGUCGCAUCAGCAGCAGCAACAACACCAUCAACAGCAGCAACAAAGUCGGCGCCGGCGCACGGCGUUCACGAGCGAGCAGCUGCUGGAACUCGAGAAGGAAUUCCACUCGAAGAAGUACCUGUCCCUGACGGAGCGGUCGCAGAUAGCGCACGCGCUGCAGCUCACAGAGGUGCAGGUCAAGAUAUGGUUCCAGAACCGGCGCGCCAAGUGGAAGCGCGUCAAGGCGGGGCUCACGGCAGGCCGCGGGCCUCAGCAGCACUCGGACGCGCCACGCAUCGUGGUCCCAAUCCCGGUACACGUGAACAGGGUGGCCCUGCGCAACCAGCAACAGCAACAGCAAGCCGAACCCAAGGGACCGGGGUGA